AUGAAGAGAUUGAGACUCCUAAAAUGGAGUGGCAGCGUACUUUCACCACGGACCAGACCUGACCAUAUUCAAUCCCAGCUUUACACUUUUCGACGAUGUCUGGCUACAGCCGCUGCACCUUCUGAAUCCUUUGAUGAAUCGGUCGAGGAGUUAGCGGAUGCUCCAUUUCUCCCGGAAGAAAUACUUCAGCGGUUGCCCUCGCCUCCGGUCACAGCGGCGAAGACAUCGGCCAAGCUGGCCGCCCUCCAUGCUCGGCUCUCCCUGCCUUCACGUCUCCCGUUAGAAACCUUAGCGAGGACGCUCGUCGAUGCCUCCGCAGACCCUUCGAUACGAUUCAACAACAAGCCAUUCGCCGUGCUCGGAAAUGAUCUGUUAGGUUAUUACACGUCAGAAUACCUCCUCAGUCAAUACCCACGUCUACCGCUCGCCGUGGUGUUUGCGGCGAUGUAUGCUUACCAUGGGCCUGCAACACUGGCCGCGAUUGCCCGAGAGUGGGGAGUGGAGGCUGCAGCAGAGCCAGGCGGUGAAGUCGACCCAGGCCUCCUCCAAUUCAAAAGACUCCCUCCGGAACCAAAACCCGAACUCCCACAUCCACAACUUAUCAGCACUCGACAAGAAGAAAAUCCGAAAUUCCGGCGGACCAUGAGCUCGAGAUCUGUGUACGACGACCAGUUUGGCGAGAUCAAGCGACGCGUCCAGGGUGCAGAGACCUCUCAAGAGAAAGGCGCGACCCUACAACGGGCGAGCACGGAUUUUGUGCGAGCAGUAUUUGGAGCAGUAUACCUCCACGCUGGGCGAGCCGCUGCGAAACAAUUUUACAACGACCACAUUACCUCAAGACAGGUGGAUAUGGCCAGUCUUUUUCACAUCAAGAAUCCGACCAGAGAUUUGAGCCGACUGUGCGCAAGAGAAGGAUUCCAGGCCCCUGUGGCCAAAAUUCUGAGUGAGACCGGGCGAAAGAGUAGAACGCCAGUCUUUGUGGUUGGCAUAUAUUCCGGUAGCGAUCUGCUCGGGGAGGGUGCAGGUGCCAGUCUGGAUGAGGCCCGGAUACGAGCAGCUGUGGCCGCCAUGAAAGGGUGGUAUCUCUACAGUCCAACCGAGUUUCGACUGCCGAGUGAAAUGGAAGAGCCGGGAGCGAGGCCGUGGACCCCUAUCUUGGUUGAUCCAGGCGAGAUUGCCAACUGA